AUGGACGCUCGACCCACAUCUAUCCUACAUAGAACGCCAUGGACACCUCCUAUCGCCAUCGCCACUGAUGGUAUUUACAUCGAUCUUGAGGAUGGUCGACGUGUCAUCGAUGGGAUCGGCGGUGCUGCUGUGACUUGCAUCGGUGGAAACCAUCCCAAGGUAGUCAAAGCCCUAAAGGAUCAGAUCGAUGUUAUGUCAUAUGUAUACAAUAUGCAGCUUUCUAGCCCUCCUGCAGAGGAGCUGGCUAGAUUUCUCGUGAAUACCAGCGAUGGUGCCUUCGAGCAGGUCGCAUUCCUAUCUGGAGGUUCUGAAGCGAUGGAGACUGUCAUCAAACUCUCGAGACAGUAUUAUGUCGAGAUCGGGCAGCCGAAACGAACAAACUACAUUGCCCGUCAACUGUCCUUUCAUGGGAAUACCCUUAGCACUCUGUCCCUUGCAUACCAUCCUGGCCGUCGUGCACCAUAUAAGGCUAUUUUAGACCACCAGAAUUUCCACCACGUUUCCCCAGCGUAUGCAAAGAGGUUCCAAAAACCAGAUGAGACGGAAGAGCAGUACGUUGAGCGACUCCGACAAGAACUCGAGGAUAAGUUUAUCGAACUCGGACCCGAGACAGUAAUCGGCUUCGUCGCGGAGACUGUCGUUGGUGCGACAACAGGGGUUGUGAGUGCACCGAAGGGAUACUUCAACGCCAUGAAGUCCGUCUGUGACAAACAUGGUGCCCUUUUCAUGCUCGAUGAGGUCAUGUGUGGCAUGGGCCGAAUGGGCACUAUGCACGCUUGGCAGAGCCUCGGUGAUGGUGCUGCACCUGACCUGCAGGCAGUAGCCAAGGGUUUGGGUGGUGGUUAUGCUCCCAUAGGUGCUGUUCUCAUCUCGCCUAAAGUGGCGAAAGGGAUCAGGGGGAGUUCCGGACUACUCAAGCACGGUCACACAUAUCAGGCAAAUCCACUAGCAUGUGCAGCAUCUUUAGCUGUGCAGAAGGUCAUCAUCGAGGAGGAUCUCCUUGCGCAGUGCAGGAAGAACGGCGCACACAUGAUGGCGCUUCUGAAAGACCGCUUGCAGUCCCCAAAUGCUCUCGCAGCGCCAUAUACACUCGAUGUGCGCGGGGCUGGGGCUUUCUUCGGGGUCGAAUUCGACUUCUCCAGCCUCGAAGCACGCCGUGUUGAUAUGAAGGACCAACAAUUUGCAAUGGCGGUACAGGCAUGCUGUCUUAAGAACGGACUUGUUGCGAUGGGUAUGGUUGGUGGCUCCUCACUCGAUGGAUCGAAGGGGGACCACCUCAUGCUUGGCCCUGCAUACAAUGCAACCACCGAGGAGAUAGAGAAGAUUGUGGAUAUUUUCGUGAAGAGCAUUGAGGAGCCCAUACGUUCUAGCGCAAGAGUGAAAGCAGCCAAGCAAAAAGAGAAGGAACGCGAGCAGGCAAAAGAUAGGGAAGGUGACUCAGCAGAGCAAUCCGUAGCAGUGCCAUCAGAGAGCACCCGUGAAACUAGGUCAGCAACCCAGGCCAAAAACAAGCGUCCUCGAGAGGGUAGUUCAGGAAACGGAAAGUUUAAGGAAUUGUCAGAAGAAACUGCACGCGUGAGCAAGAGCAGAGCACAUCGAGCGACACUUCCUUCUGCAUCUGCCCCACCAUUUGCAAUUACCGAACCAACAAAAGACCGCAAAGGCAAGAAGCGCGCCGCUCCAGAACCGGAUUCAGAAGAAGAGGGGCAGAGCGCUACCUUAUCUUCUAAGCGCACAAGAACUACAGCAUAUUCUUUGAGAUCAAGAACGGACGCUUCAACCUCUGCUUCCGCACCCAUGCCUAGAAAACCCAAGCCAUCACCAAGCAAAGCGAAAGUAGCAAUGAAAAGCAAAAUUGGCGCUUCUGCAGGCUCUUCGAAGAUGGCUGACGAAGAUGUUGCGAUGCUUGAUUCCGCGAUAGUUAGGCCCGAUGAACCUGCCUAUGAGGAACAACCUGACGGCUGUGAUGACGAUGACGUCGCCAUGGAUGACCAAGAUAACGGUGGUGACGGUGAAGGUGACGACAACGGGGAUGAAGAAGGAAGCUUACCAGCUGGUGUCACUCGUGGAUUUGCUGGCCUGGACGAAUCUGCCGCGAUGGCAAUUUUUGGAGAUUAUCGUCAAUUUGGCUCAUACAUGGUUUCCCUCUCAAGCCGACUCAAGACCAUGUUGAAUAAUAUCAAAUCAACUGCGAGCCCAACCACUCGCUUGGUGACGUUGCAAGAGCUCAGUGAGCUCCUCAGCAUAAGCACGGAAGACACUUUAGCAGGCUCGUUCCAAGUGGAACAGUUUGUAAGGGAACUCGUGAAGAUCCUUGGCGGGCGCGGCGCAGAUGAAGACGAUGACGAUGACGGCGGUGAUGACGGCGACGAUCAUGAUGAGGAUGCGGCUCUAGCUGCUGCUUUGGCGAUGAGCGGGGGCGGAACAUAUCAGGGCGAUGAGAAUCUCGAAGCGCAGAUGCUGGCAUGUCGUUGCCUGGCAAAUCUGAUGGAGGCUCUACCUGGUGUAGCCCACUCCGUUGUGUAUCACGGUGCAAUACCGGUUCUUUGCAGCAAGCUGAUUGAAAUAUCUUAUAUCGAUCUCGCAGAACAGACUCUGAGCACACUCGAGAAAAUAUCCGAAGAGUUCCCUAGCUCCAUCGUACGAGAAAAUGGUUUAGCGGCACUGCUGAACUAUCUCGACUUCUUCUCUAUUGCUGUACAGAGGACUGCACUACAAGCUGCUGCGAAUUGUUGCAGAAAUAUCUCGCCGGACCAUUUCCAGAUGAUUCUUGGCGUUUGGCCCAUUAUUCGCAAUUGCAUUGGCUAUUCUGACCAGAGGCUGGUUGAAUUCGCAUGCCUAUGCGUCAUCAGAGUAGUGGACUCCUAUCAUCGCUCCGCCACGGAGAACCUGGAAAACCUGUUGGAUGAAACCGCCAUUCGUGCGAUCAAUUUACUUCUUAUGCCAGCCGGAGGUUCCCCCUUGAUUGCUGCCAAUACUUUCACUUUGCUCUUGAAGGCACUGGCAACAGCCGCCCGCGCAAGCCCAAAGAUCACCCUUAAUCUGCUCCAGGCAGACAUCGUUGACACACUUUACCAGAUCCUGACGGGACAAGGUGGCCAAGGGCUAGCUGGCGAUGUGACUCAUAUGACAGUCAUGGAGAAUCUUGCCCACCGAUCCAAGGAGCAAGUAGAAGAAGCCCUCAGUCUGGUUUCCGAACUAAUGCCUCCUCUUCCAAAAGAUGGCGUGUUUGAUCACAAGGGGUAUACUGACAAGGCAUUGGCACGGAUGGUGAAGGCUAAAGCCAAGGCUGAUCGCGCUGCUGCGCGUCAGGCUGUAUUCGCACCUUAUCAGCCAAGCCCUGAUACAUCAGCGCAAGCGACACCUGCAGCGGAACCAUUUCAGGAUACCAGUCUGAAUGACUUUCAGAUGCAGGAUCCCGACGACAUCCUUCCUCUGACUUCUGCGGCUGAGCCUGCAGUAGCGGAUCGUACCGAGCUUCUGCGUUCCAAGCCGGAAGUUGUCGGACGAUUUAUGCAGCUGAUGGUGCCCAUCUUGAUAGACGUAUAUGCUGCUAGCGUAAUUACUCCUGUCCGGGUUAAAACUUUGACAGGUCUAUUGAAGGCAGUAGGUUUCCUUGAAGGGGAGGCACUCAAGGACGCCUUCAAUGCAAUACCUGUUGCGAGUUUUGCCUCCUCGAUUCUGUCGUCUAAGGAUCAUCCUUCACUAGUCAUUGGUGCACUUCAGCUCGUUGAUCUUCUGCUGCAGAAGCUUCCAGCUGAAUACCGCCCUGUCCUGCGACGAGAAGGAGUAUUCCACGAAAUCGAAUCGCUUGCUGCAAGGACUUUAACUUCCAUAAAAUCCAAGGAUUCAGAUGGCACCAUCGUAGCGGACCCUGUGAACAUUCCUAUUCAUCUUUCAUCUGCAAUACCCGGGUACAAGAAGCUUCACUCGCUUUCUUUGGAGCCUGAGGAUGCAAUCACUUUGCGGGCCCGAGUCAUUCGCUUCAAGUAUUCCUUGGGACAGGAAGAGGGAGACGAAGACAACGCCUUUGAUGAACUUCGCCGUCUUGUCGAUAGACUUGCUGCUCCAGAUGUGGGCGAGUCGACCAUGAUGUCUGCAUUGAGAGACAUCGCAGAUCACUUCACAUCUCACUCUUCUGUUUCAAGCUUCGAGCUUCUACAGAGCGGAGCUGUCGACGGCUUGUUGCGCUUUGCUACUGACGCCACCAGGGGUACAGUCACCAGCAAACGACGCCAAGAGUUAUUGUAUGAUGCAUUUAGCCGGAUCCCGAGAGGUGGAACCGUUACUCAGUCUCCACUUGCUGUUUUAGUAAAGAAGCUGCAGGAGAGCCUCACGAGGAUGGAGGACUUUGAUGUCGUCACUGUUUCACAAGGAACAGACGAUUCCAAGCGAAGCUCACCAUCUCUGCUUGCCCGACAACUUCGUCUUCGUCUAGUUGCAGAUAAUGAGUCUGACAUUCCUCGCAACCUUCAGAACAUGGUGGUUUCCAUUCAUGCCAUCGCAACAUUCCAAGCCUUGAAUGACUACUUGCGUCCCAGAAUUACAGGAUUGAUGUCGACAGGAGGACUAUCUGGUAUGUUGGCAGCUUUGGCAGCCUCCGGUUUCGGCCCAGCAAGUUCGCGCGAUCCUCCAGAAGCCCCCAUACAAGCAAGCAAGCCUGCAGAGUCUAGCAGUGCCACAAAACCUGCUACUGAAACACCCGUCGCUGGCUCCUCGGAGAUUGGCCGACGCCGGAGUUUAAGACUCAGCGCUAAGAAUGGCGGACCAUCAGGUGACAAGAGCGAGGGCAGUUCCGCAACAGCGCCUACCAUCGGUUCAGUGCAUACUGCCUCGUCAUCAUCUGUUGCCCCUCCAUCUACAGCGCAACGCAUGGAAGCCCUUAUUCAAGACGGCGGACUCAUAUCAGACUUUACUGACGAUGAGGUAGACGCUGAGGUAUUCGAAGAUGACGAUGACAUCGACUCUGCUGCAGAUAAGACCGUUACCUUGUCCAUUGCUGAUGACGGUAGCAAAGUGGAAGCCCAGACUCCUGAUGGAACACGAGUUGCAACCCCAAGUACAGCACCUUUGAUUUCAUCAUCUAGACCGCCCAAUGCGAACAAGACCUCGUAUGCAGCUGCCCUAAAAGCCAAACCGUCGGACUGGCACCUCGAGUUCUCGAUGGAUGACCACCUUCUACCCCUUGAUCUGACAAUAUAUGGCGCUAUCCAUCAGCAUGAAAUCCGUAAGAAGCUUGGACCUGUGCCAUCGAGCUCCAUGUGGCAAGGAAUCUAUACAGUUAAGUUCAAGAAAGUGAAUGGCCCUCCUCCGAGUCAAGAACACACCUCGGCAUCUAAAAUCCGAUCACCUAGUCCAAUCCUUUCUUCCCUCCCAGAUGACGCCCCUCAUGCCAAGAUUCUCCGUUUGCUUCGUGUAUUGCACAGGUUGAAUGCCGCGGAAGCGCAACGGCCAGCCAGACCGUUAGAUCGCCGCGCGCUCUCGGAGACCACCUUCAUUAAUAACAAGUUAACUGCCAAACUCACCCGUCAGCUGGAAGAGCCUAUGAUCGUGGUCAGUUCAUGCUUGCCCGACUGGGCACUUGACUUGCCGCAAAACUUCCCUUUCCUCUUCCCAUUCGCCACCAGGUACAACUACCUUCAAUCGACCUCUUUCGGAUACGCCCGCCUUAUUCUGAAGUGGCAAAGCCAGCAAGGUCGCAGUCAGGACAGCUCGCGGCGAGACGAGGGAAUCGGUUUUCUUGGACGCCUGCAGCGCCAGAAGGUCCGCAUCUCUCGUAAACACAUCCUGGAGUCGGCGGUCAAGGUUUUCGAGCUCUAUGGAUCCUCGUCUUCGAUCUUAGAGGUGGAGUACUUUGAUGAGGUUGGGACUGGGCUUGGGCCUACUCUUGAGUUUUAUUCCCUCGUUUCGAAGGAAUUUGCCAGGAGAGAUCUCAAGAUAUGGCGAGACGCCGACUCAGCUACUCCUGGUAUGUAUGUUCAUCACCCUACGGGACUCUAUCCUGCCCCUAUCAGCCCUGAUGACAUUGCAAAUGACGGGGGACAAAAACGGACACACAUCCUCCGCGUUGUUGGUCAAUAUGUAGCGAAGGCAAUGUUAGACUCCCGCAUUAUCGACCUUUCAGUCAACAAGGUUUUCGUCAAACUCAUACUAGGGGAGGAAGUACCUUUGACCAUCGAGUCCUUGAAACUUGUGGACAACGAACUUGCCAGUUCUCUCUCCAAACUCCAGAGCUACGCGUCCAUGAAAGGGCAGAGCGAGAAGCUCUUCCGUAAAGUUGCAUUGAUGGAUAUUGUCAAUGUCGAAGAUCUUGCGCUUGAUUUCACAGUUCCCGGAUACGAUAUCGAGCUUCGGCCUGGCGGACGUAACAUUCCUGUGACUUCGGAGAAUGCAGAAGAAUACAUUCACGAGGUUUUGGAUGCAAUUAUUGGCGCUGGCGUUCAGCCACAGGCUAGGGCGUUCCGAGAGGGCUUCUCUAAGGUGUUCCCCAUCUCCGAUUUGCAGGCGUUCUCGGCGGACGAGUUGGUCAUGCUGUUUGGUAACUCAGACGAAGACUGGGGAGUCGAGACGUUGAAUGAAGCUAUCAAAGCCGACCAUGGCUUCCACAGCGAGAGUCGUGCCAUUCGCGAGCUUAUAGGGAUCAUGUCGGAUUUCGAUGCCUUCUCUCGUCGUGAUUUCCUCCAAUUUAUUACAGGAAGCCCGAAACUUCCGAUCGGAGGGUUCCGUGGCCUUAACCCUCCACUGACUGUCGUUCGCAAACCGCACGAGCCACCACUUAUGGCAGACGAUUACCUGCCAAGUGUCAUGACUUGUGUCAAUUACUUGAAGCUACCGGAGUAUAGUUCAAAAGUGGUGAUGCGAGAGAAAUUACGCAUUGCGAUGAAAGAAGGAGUUGGCAGUUUCCAUUUGUCCUAG